AUGGCGACCGUCCUGCAUCUGCGUUCCGAGACCAAGCCGCUUGAGCACCGGUCUGCUCUGACGCCGACUACGACCAAGGCCCUCAUCGAGGCCGGCUACACUGUCAAUGUCGAACGAAGCCCCGUCCGCAUCUUUGACGAUGCCGAGUUCGAGGCCGUCGGUGCGACCCUGGUUCCCGAGGGGAGCUGGGAGCAAGUCCCCAAGGACCACAUCAUCAUCGGUCUGAAGGAGCUGGAGGAAAAGGACUUCCCUCUCAAGCACACCCAUGUCCAGUUUGCGCACUGCUACAAGAACCAGGGCGGCUGGGACAAUGUUCUGCGGAGGUAUCACGACGGCAACGGCAUGCUCCUCGACAUCGAGUUCCUGGAGAAGGACGGUCGUCGCGUGGCCGCCUUUGGCUUCUGGGCUGGUUUCGCUGGUGCCGCCUUGGCCCUGAAGAACUGGGCCUGGCAGCUGGCCCACCCUGACGGCGCCUCUCUUCCAGGUGUCGAGAGCCACCCCAACGAGGCGUCGCUGGUGCGCGAGGUCAAGGAGUCCCUCGCCGAGGGCACCUCCAAGGCCGGCCGCGCGCCCCGCGUCAUCGUCAUCGGCGCCCUGGGCCGCUGCGGUCACGGCGCUGUCGACCUGUGCCUCAAGGCCGGCCUGCCCGAGGAGAACAUCCUCAAGUGGGAUCUGGCCGAGACGGCGCCCGGUGGGCCGUUCAAGGAGGUGGUCGAGAGCGACAUCUUUGUCAAUUGCAUCUACCUCAACAAGCAGAUCCCGCCCUUUGUCACCGUCGAGACCCUCAACUCGCCCGACCGCAAGCUAAGCGUCAUCAACGACUGCUCCGCCGACACGACCAACCCUUUCAACCCCGUGCCGGUCUACACGGUCGCCACCACCUUCGACAAGCCCACCGUCCUGGUCGAUGGCCUCAAGUCGGGCCCACCCCUCAGCGUCAUUAGCAUCGACCACCUCCCCAGCCUGCUGCCCAGGGAGGCGUCUGAGUCUUUCAGCAACGACCUGCUGCCAUACCUCCUGACCCUCAAGGAUCGCAAGAGCGACCCGGUGUGGGCCGGCGCCGAGAAGCUGUUCAACGAGAAAGUCAAGGCGCUCCCCUGA